AUGCGGGAUCCUCAAUCCUCGAAGAAGGAUAGACAAGUUACUACGUCGACGAAUGAGCUCAAAGAGAGUAGUUCGCGUCUGAACCGGUCGGGGAAAUCCCGAAUAAGACAUUGGGCCCCCAAAGUGAAGACUGGUUGUAUGACAUGCCGUUGCCAGCGAUGCUCUUCCACCGGAAGAAGAUGCGAUGGCUACAAUUUGAUCCCCCAAAAGCCGCCCACCCCGGCCCUCGGUCUGAUUCAAAUGCCUUCCUAUUGGGAGCUAGUGUCAGGCGACCGUGUAGAAACUGAGAGUUUUCGGUUCUUUCACUCAGUCACUACGCCCAAUUUGGCUGGCUUCUUCGACCAGGGCCGCUGGGCUCGCAGAUUGCUCCAAAUGUCGCAUCAGUACCCAGUUCUGUGGCAUGCCAUGACCGCGGUGGCCUGCAUUCACCGAGACUUCAUGACCAACACCACACCUAUUACCGUCUCACGGUCGCAGGAUAGCCUCCAGGUGAGGCUUGCGUUGCAACAGUGGAACAAGUCCAUUCAAAGACUACAAGAACUGCUGUCAGAACGGGUUUUGACCAAAUUUGACAGACUGGUCAUCCUUAGUGUUUGUAUCUUAUUCAUUACCAUGGCGAGCUUGCAGGGCCGCCAGUGGCAGGCUUUCGUGCACAUCAACAGCGGACUGAAACUAAUUUAUCAGUGGAAUUUCGCGGACCGAGGCAAAAGCCAGAGAGAUGAGGAUUUAGAUCUGGAUGUGUUGCUUGUCUUGUUCACCCAACUGGACUCGCAAGCGCGCCCCUACCUUCCUAGCCUUUCGAAUAGCCUUCACUGGACAGACAAGCAGAUUAUUUUGUCGUCGUCUACCAUCCCCUUCAAGACUUUGCUGGAAGCGUGUGUUGCUUUGGAGGUGCAUUUUAACAGCAUGAUGCAGAUCUUCACAAGCAAUUCCAUAUACAUCAAUGGUCCGGAUGCUGGGAUUCAGAUCAAGAAACAGCAGUGCCUUAUUGAUCUUACUGAAUGGGAUGCCAGGCUCGACAAAUAUCUUGAAACGACACCACAUCCAGAAGAUGGGAAGGCUUUGAAACUUCUCUACGCCCGGCGUAGACUCGCACAAGUGGCUCUGUCUAUGGACCUGACAAAAGGCGAACUAGCUCACGACGACUUCGUCGAGGACUACGCAUAUAUGCUCGAGUUGAUGGGCUACAUUCUAGAAGACCCCAUGAAUUCCUUAGACAGCCAGCCUGGGAAUAUAGAUCGGCCACAAAGAAUGAGCUUCCGCCUAGAGACGAUCACGACGGAGCCAUUAUUCCUGAUUGCACUCCGCUGUCGCGAACCCACGAUCAGGCGGCAGGCGAUCCGUCUACUCAGACAGUACCCGCGGCGCGAAGGCAUCUGCGAGGGCAUGGCAGCCCUGAAGAUUGCGGAGCGAGUGAUGGAAAUUGAAGAAGAAUGUUUGACCAGUCCUGAAUUCGCUUGCGCUCAUAGAAAGUGGAUAUGUGAGAACCACCGGAUAGACGGCAUGCUGCACAGGCUACCUGCUAUGAGUUAUGAGGAAGAUGGCAGGGAUGUAUAUACAAUUUCAGAUCCACCAAUGCUGCAGAGCAGUAAUUAG